AUUGGCGGAAAGCGCGCCAGUCGCGCUCUCCAUUGGCUGUGGCGGCUGCCACUCGAGGCGGCGGCGGCCGGGGGAGGCGGUGAGGGCAGCGGGGCCGCUCUUCGGCAGCGGCAGCGGCGGCACCAUGUACGGCUUCGUCAAUCACGCCCUGGAGCUGCUGGUCAUCCGCAACUACGGCCCCGCCGUCUGGGAGGACAUCAAGAAGGAGGCACAGCUGGAUGAGGAAGGACAGUUUCUUGUCAGAAUAAUAUAUGACGAUUCCAAAACCUAUGACCUGGUUGCAGCUGCAAGCAAGGUCCUUAAUCUAAACGCUGGGGAAAUUCUUCAAAUGUUUGGGAAGAUGUUUUUUGUGUUUUGUCAAGAAUCUGGUUAUGAUACAAUUCUACGUGUCCUGGGCUCAAAUGUCAGAGAAUUUUUGCAGAACCUGGAUGCUCUGCAUGACCAUCUUGCUACUAUUUACCCAGGUAUGCGAGCCCCUUCCUUCAGAUGCACUGAUGCGGAGAAGGGGAAAGGACUCAUUCUGCAUUACUAUUCAGAAAGAGAAGGUCUACAGGAUAUUGUCAUUGGAAUCAUCAAAACAGUAGCUCAGCAGAUCCAUGGCACAGAAAUAGAUAUGAAGGUUAUUCAACAGAGAAAUGAGGAAUGUGACCACAUUCAAUUUUUAAUUGAAGAGAAAGAGUCUAAAGAAGAGGACUACUAUGAAGACCUUGACAGAUUUGAAGAAAAUGGUACCCAAGAAUCUCGCAUCAGUCCCUAUACUUUCUGCAAGGCCUUUCCUUUCCACAUAAUAUUUGACAGAGAUCUGGUGGUCACACAGUGUGGCAAUGCUAUAUACAGAGUCCUUCCACAGCUGCAGCCAGGAAAUUGCAGUCUGUUGUCAGUUUUCUCCUUGGUCCGGCCUCAUAUUGAUAUUAGUUUUCAUGGGAUUCUCUCACAUAUCAAUACAGUCUUUGUACUGAGGACCAAGGAGGGGCUGUUAGAUGUAGAGAAACUGGAGUGUGAAGAUGAGUUGACUGGCACAGAAAUCAGUUGCUUACGCCUGAAAGGGCAAAUGAUCUACUUGCCCGAAGCAGACAGCAUUCUCUUUCUUUGUUCACCAAGUGUGAUGAACUUGGAUGAUUUAACCAGAAGAGGGUUAUAUCUGAGUGAUAUUCCAUUGCAUGAUGCUACCCGUGAUCUGGUUCUUUUGGGAGAGCAGUUCAGAGAGGAAUAUAAGCUGACUCAAGAGCUUGAGAUCCUCACUGACAGACUGCAGCACACACUACGUGCACUGGAAGAUGAAAAGAAAAAGACAGACACGUUACUGUACUCUGUUCUACCACCAUCAGUGGCAAAUGAGCUGAGACACAAACGUCCUGUUCCAGCUAAGCGGUAUGACAAUGUCACCAUUCUCUUUAGUGGCAUUGUUGGAUUCAAUGCUUUCUGUAGUAAACAUGCCUCUGGAGAGGGAGCCAUGAAGAUUGUUAAUCUUUUAAAUGAUCUUUACACAAGAUUUGAUAUUCUAACUGAUUCACGAAGGAAUCCAUUUGUUUACAAGGUGGAAACAGUUGGGGACAAGUAUAUGACAGUGAGUGGUCUACCAGAGCCUUGCAUUCAUCAUGCACGAUCUAUCUGUCACCUGGCAUUGGAUAUGAUGGAAAUAGCAGGCCAAGUUCAAGUAGAUGGUGAACCUGUACAGAUAACAAUAGGAAUCCAUACUGGUGAGGUAGUCACAGGUGUCAUAGGCCAAAGGAUGCCACGUUACUGUCUCUUUGGAAAUACAGUCAAUCUAACAAGCAGAACAGAAACUACUGGAGAAAAAGGAAAGAUCAAUGUCUCUGAGUAUACAUACAGGUGUCUUAUGUCACCAGAAAAUUCAGAUCCUCAGUUCCACCUGGAAUAUAGGGGUCCAGUUUCUAUGAAGGGUAAAAAAGAACCAAUGCAGGUUUGGUUUUUGUCCAGAAAGAGUACAGAGACAGAGGAAACAAAGCAAGAUGCUUUCUGAGCUGAGGGAAGAGGAAAAGGACGCUGAACAGGGUGCAAUACUGUCUCCAAAUAGAGGGCCAGGCAGUAAGGAUGAGUUUAUGGAUGUUACUUCACUUUGUAUCUCCCAUUGCUAUGUGCAGUAACAUUGUCUUUUGCCCUAGUCCUGAAAUCAUACUCAUCAUUUUCCUCCAGGCUUGCUUGCUACUUUUUCCUUAGUGUUUGGUAUUGUUAUAUCUCUGCUAUGGGCAUGUAUUUCAAGCUUUCUUUUUUCUUUUUGAUAUGCGUUUUUGCAUGUCAGUUAUGUGGCCCUUCCUAUCACCAAAUAAAACCGAAUAAAAAUUUCAUAAUAUGCACGCCACAAAUAACCACUUCAGUCUGAUGCUUCACACCAUCUUCAUCUCCAUCUUUGCAGUACAGUGGUUGCAAAAAUCAGUGACAUUUCUGGAAAGAUGGGAAGCAUUUCAAUUGUUUGGCAGAACGAAGAACCUAAAGAACUAUUUGUAAAAAUAAUACAUAAAGCACCAUUAUGAAAACUAUUCUAUAAAACUUGUUUAUCAGAUUUACUUCUGCUAUUACCAUGCUUCCUGUUCAUUUUGUGAAUAACACUUGAUGCACUGUUAAAACUUGGUUAGAAAAAGGUACCUCUUUUGAUGUCAUCCUGCAUUUUGGCUUUGUAGACACUAAGUAAACAUUGUCUAUGUUGAAAGGAGGCAGUUGUUUGUCUGACACUGCCAUUUGAAGCAUGUGCUGAUGUACUUUUACUGAAACGCUGUUCUCUUGCAAUGUAUUUUGCAUUGUUUUAUAUUAACUAAAUUAAGUUGUCAUGUUAAUAAUAGUUUGCUGGACAAUUUUAGGCCACUGAUAGUGCUCUAAUUCUUUUCUGAUAGAGCUCCCAGAAUUGACAGGCAUACUGCUAGGACACGAUUGUCAUGGUUGCCUUUUGUUUUGGUCUCUAAUUUUUAGAAAUAAUUUUAUAUUAUUCCUUGGGAGAACCUGAUGGUAUUCUUGGCAUCAUGGCAUAAUUAAAAGAUAUAUAGCUUGUAAGGGGACAUAGUAUCUUUUAUUUUACCAGCUGAUACAUUUGGUAAAAUUGGACAAGGUUGCAGAUGUGUUAGACCUUCCAUAACUUCAGUGUAUCGUGCAUUUUUGCGUGAAUAAUAUCCAUUCUUAUCUGUUUGACAUUUCUGAAUAUUUGCAUUAUAAAAUAGGAUAGUGCAAUUACUUUGUGUAUAAAAAUUGUCUAUCUACUAUACUUUAUGAGCACAGAAUAUAUACGUAUAAAUGUUUCAUGUUAAUGUGCAAAAUAAAUUGCAAUAAAUUAUUUUUUCCAC